AUAUAUAUCCUGUUUUAAAUAUCGAAAAUUUUAGAAAGUGCAAGCAACUUUAAAAUCUCACUGCUUAUGUUUUUCUAUGUGUCACUGUGGUUUCAUCUACAUAUAUUGUGGUAUUGUUGAGAUUAGCAGUUGACAGCGGUCGAAUAAGAUAACGCGUGGAGGAAAUGGGACGAAUAAUUUAUGCUGAAGAGCAACUUUGCACAUAUUUAAAGUCUUUGGCGAAGCCAGAUGGAUACGUAAUAGGAUUGAUUCUAGGACAGAGUGCUGGGCAAAAGGACUAUAUUGUACAUUUAGCAAAAACACCACCUCCUUUUAUUAAAAAUGUUGUGGAAGAAACGUUAAUUGGUUCUACAGUGCCCAUGGAAGAAGAUGCAGCAAAUACAUAUAUCAAAUCUGUUAAGGAUAUACCUAUGAGCUGGGUUGCUGAUCACGCUAAACAUGUUACAAGAAUGCUGCCUGGUGGAAUGUGGGUACUUGGCAUAUUCAUUGUUGGACCUGAGGACACUUUGGACAAUACCAGUAAUGUACAAAAACUUAAAUCAGUCCUUGGCGCAAUUCAUAAAACUCUGUCGUGGAACAAUAAGUAUCUUUGUGGAAAUAACCAGGAUGAAAAACUUAUAUUAAGUUUCAAUAGCAUCACACAAAAAUAUAUUUGCAAAUCUAUCGAUAUUGCUAAGGACAGUAUGUUGAAACCUGCUGAUUGGAAAUUCCAAGAGAAAGCGACUAAAUGGCAUCAACUUGAAGCUCUUGUAGAUUUUAAUAAAUUAUAUCUGAUUGCAGCAGAUAAAGAUCCUGAAACUCUCAAGAAACAGUUACAUAAUAUUUUGACAAACAUAGCGGACUUGAUCGACUCUUCGCUCGUCGUCAUCGAGGGGGAAGUCAGAUCUCCAGAUGACAUGUUGGAAAUACUUAGCAAGAAAAAGAAGAGUAAUAAGGAAUAUAAAAGUAAGACAAAUGACAGCAAUAAUUCACUUCAAGUUAGUUUGUAUAUUCCCUGUUCGCAAGAUAAUACUAAUUGGGAUAUCAAGAUAACGUCAUGCAGUGCGUCAAUAAGAUUAAUUGGACAAUUAGUCAGUAGAACAUUCGUACAUCAGAAAGCUAAUAUUGCGGAAGCCAACACAGCUGUGAAAGAAGAUAUAGUGAGAUCUCUGGCAAGCAGAUUAGAAAUGCAUUGGGAUAGUCUGAUAGAAGAGGAAAAUGGUUCUCCCGAAGAAGAUAUUACAUUGCAUGAACCACCGAGACGAGUGUUAAUAGCAUUACCGGAAAAUAAAGUUACUUUGUCGGAUUAUCUGUUUCCCGGCGAAGGACCGCAAGAAGCAUUAUUGUCAUUGCAGGAACUUCUAGAUCUUGAAGUGCAAGAAAAUCAGGUUGAAAAGGAAGUCGAAUUGCAAGCUGAUCUUUUAGAAUUCUACUGUCAAAGCGACGUCAAUGCUAAACCAUUAGACAAUAAUACUGAUACAACUAGGACUCAUCAAAUGGCCAUUUACCUUACGGGGUUAAGCGUUGCAUUUAUUAUAUUGUUGAUAGCUGUAUUUGUUCAUCAAAUGAUUUAAUGUAUAUUUGUUUUAUUAAUAAUACAUAUAAAAUAUAGCUUUUUGUUUAUGUGUUAUGCAAUAUAUAAUGUUCAUUCAAAAUAAUAUAUAUUUUUAAAUCAUAUCUACUUGCAAAUUGUAAUGUAAACACUAUUAUUAUUUAAUAUAUACAUUUUGAAAAUUA